AUGCAGCGCAACAGUACCGACCAGAGCGCCUUCAGCACCAUCUCCCAGCUGCGCGAUGACAUACGCAAGCCCUACCAGAUAGCGGACACAGAGCAGACAGAUACAACCUCCCCCAACAGCAGAACCAUCGACCGCCUGAAAGAGACGAGCGAUCCGUUUGUGCUUGGCAGGGAGAAGCUAAGUUCGCCUGAAGGCGGCUUAAUCGAAGUGGAAAACGCUGUCACCCGCGCAAAGGACACAGAGAUCGAGGUGGCCGCUUUGCGGGCGGAGAAGAUGCGCCUACAGGCGAUAGCAGACAGUCACCGCAGCAAAGCCGGCGCUACCGGAAGUGCUGCUGAGGCUGAAGCAUUUGUCGCCUACGCCAAGGAGCUGUCGGAGCUGCAUGACCAACUUGCACUCUCUCGCAUUGUCUUCAAGGCAGUUCUCGCGAAGAGCCUCGAGGACAUCCGCGACGAGCGGCUAGGUCAGCAGGACAGGCGGUUCAUCGAUCCCCAGUCAUGGGAAAUGAAGAAGGGCGUGCUGAAGCGCGCGCUGCAGUCACUCCGCAGCAAGACAGACCAGUUGUGUCUCUCGGCAGAGACGUACCUGGAUGCAGAUGAGGCGCUGUUCUUGGAUGUCAUGGGCCUGGCGACCGAGGCCGCCGAUCAUGUCCGUCGCGGUGAUGCUAUGCGCGAGGCGCGGGACGCAAAGCUGAAGGUGUUCUACGCCGAGUGCGCCAAGCUAACGGGGUGGUGCCGCCAGCAACUGACGAACCUGGAGGCGAUGCAGGAGCCUGAUCACAUACAAGAAUACUGUGCCACACUGGCGGACAACUACCCGACCAUGUCGAAUAACUUUGCCGUGCUGCUCGAUAGCGUGCACGAGUACGUUCGGGCAAACUUGGUUCCCGUGCACAAGGCACUGCUAGAGGCGGAGGAGGUGUGGCUCUACCUGCAGGUGUCGACCCUGGAGCGGCUAUCGAAGACUCUCUUCGAGAUCCAUCCCAAGUCACCUCUCGAUGUGGAGGUGAGGAAGUACAUGAGCUACCCGGAGCAUGCCGCGAAGUUCCUGGAGGACUUCGAGCGCUGCGUGGCCGCGCAGAGUAGCCAACAGGGCGAGGUUGGCGAGCUGGACACCAUUCAGAGAGAGUGCCAGGAGGUGCGUUACGAGCUCUGCGGUGAAUUUGCCGAGUUGCCCCGCGAGGUGCAGGCUUUUUCGCAACGGGCUCAGGCACUGCGGCUGGGCUAUCAGUGCUUCCGCGAAGCAGUGCUGCACCGUCUGACCUACGUGAGCCCGGUUGCGAACACCGUGUUAGAGUCGAAACGGCGCCAAGAUGAGUUCGACGACUGUGUGCGUGAGCUCAAGUCGUGGGCGGCAGAGGCUUCUCAUGGCGAGUCGUGGAGGGAUAUAUAUAGCAAAAUUGUAGAGAUCAAGCAAAUGAUCAAGAGCGAGCAGAGCUCCCUGGAGAAGAAGAGGGAGCGCGCGAUGACGUCGACCCGAAACUAG